AUGGGAGCUUCAAUUGAGGAUGGGUCUCGAAAAGGACUGAACGGUUCAGGUUCAGCUGUGGUCUAUGAAGAGUUACUAUCCGAAUGGCCUCAGGGUCCCCAAAAAAUUGCACCUAAGGGCUAUACAUGGUGGAUAGGUACAAUAGGCGAUGUCAUCCUGACCAUUACGCCAGUGGCCUUCUUUGUCAUGGCUGCUCUUGCAAUACAGCUAGAGCGCCAACCAAUGGACCACGACACUCGAGGUCACGACCUCAUUGAGGCCCUCAAGCUCGCCCCCACCAUCUAUCCCAUCGUCUUCGCAGCCGUAGCAGGUCGCUUUUACAAGACACUUGCAUUAUGGAGUGUCACGAGAUCUCGAGGUGUCUCCGUUGGCGCCUUGGAACAAAUGUUGGGGAGCCAGAGCUUUGCGGGAAGUCUUUUCCGCUUGUUUAGUGUCCGAUCGCACGUUGGUGUCGGUCUCAUAAUUAUCCUCACAUGGGCUCUCUCCCCUCUUGGCGGCCAGAGCUCUUCGCGCUUGCUCUUCAAGACUGUCGAGAUCUCGGACUCCGAGGUAAUCGCGUACUACUCAUCAACAGACUCGCUUUCGUCAAUGAACUCGGCAAGCGGCGACCAGGUGACAUCCACAGGUGCGAACUCGCUCUUCACUUCCAGUCUUAUGGCAGGUGAGGAACAGAGGCGGUCCAUGGCAGACCUUUGGGGGCGGCCCAGGAUCCCUCGCCUCCAGGACCCAUCGACCGAUAACUGGCAAACAGUUCACCAAGCGGACAUGACAGAAGCGGACUAUGCCUUUUUGAUCGGUAUCAAGGUCCUGGGGCUGCCUAAUCUCAACUCGACCACCUCGUACAGCUUGGCGGCUGAGGCAUCCUACAAUGACCUCGACUGUAACUUUGUGAUACGUACCCUUCCGUCCAACAAGACGCCUGCUUACAUACCGGAAAAUAGAUGGACCAUUCCGAGCCUGUAUCGCGACAUCGUGAAUGGUACUAACAAAACCCAAAUUUGGCUUCCCGGUUCAGGUUCCCCCGGCAGCUUCUUUCUGAUUUCAGACUUCCUGGCGCCAGAGCGCCAGGCUGGUGGACACCUUCAUCUUCUCUUUGGCUCCCACGAAGGGGAACACAACUACACUCUGUAUAAUUGCACUGUCAGAAACGUCCCACUCGAGCUCGACAUCGCCUGCUCAUCACCGUUCGGAUGCGGUGUCCAGCGAUAUCGGCGCUCUAAAGCGCCGCAAUGGAACGAAGGCGACGUCCAUUCGCCCUUCACCUUAGCCAUACCGGUUAUCGCCAACGUCCUCCGGCAUUUUCCCACCGCAACGGGCGUUCUGGAGAGCGGAUCCCCUCGAUACCAAACUACCAUAGACAACUACCUCCGGGGCGUUACCCAAUUCCCGUUCAAGGUCCAUUACCUGAGCCCCUGGCCCACCAACAUCACCGACGAAGCCUUUUCCCGGCGUCUCACCCUCUUAUUUAAUACGUACUACUACGCCUCCCUCGACCCUUUCACCGCCACAGACUCCAGCUACGCCAAGUAUCCCGGAGAAGACGACGAUAUCAGGUCCCAGCCCGUAUACCCGGACUCGAGCAAUGGGCAUUUUGGUGGUUCAACAAUGGUCAUGGUGGCCGACGCUAAGGAGAUCACCCGCCGCGAGCUCUACGGGCUGAACCGUCACUGGGUCGCCAUCCUCUUGCUCUGCACUACCGUGCUGGAGACUCUCGCGCUUGUCGGCCUGUUUCUGCGACUGACCACGCCGGCGCCGGAUAUCUUUGACUAUGGCGCCAGUUUGACGCGCGAGAAUCCGUUCGUGCCGGUGCCCAAUGGUGGGUCGGCCAUCGGCGGGGCGGAAAGGGCGAGGAUGUUGAGGAAGAUGAGAGUUAAGAUGGCGGAUGUAAAGCCGGACGAGCAAGUUGGGUAUGUGGCGCUUGUGGGAACGACGGGAGAGUUGGAUCAGGGGGUUAAGGCGCAUGGGGAGGUGAUUCCUACUAGGGCUUUGAGUCGGUGGAGGCGGUAUUGGUAG